AUGUCUAACGGUACAGAUAGAGAUGACCCGGAGUCGAAACCAGGUCAUCGUAUUGCAUCUCGGGUCAUCGUAUUGCACAGUGCGGUUGUAGCUCAUGCAGCUCUAAUGUGCACCCCGCCACAUGCGCCCGUGGGUGUAGUGUCGGAAUAUUGGGCGAAUGCUGGGCGAGAAAUGAGGUGGAACUUACCGGCAUUUUUGUUUUAUGUAAGUAUCAUACGUGGGGAAGACACAGAUAUGAAUGAUUCAGCGCAUAUUGUUGCAUCAAAAUUUACGCUAUCGCAAUAUGCAGUUGAAGGAAUGGAUUAUGUUAUUGAUUAUCGUCUUUACAACGUCGGGGACAGAGCUGCCCUACGUGUAGCAUUAGAUGAUCGAGAUGGUUUUCCCACACAAGCUUUUGAUGUUGUACGAGGCCUCUUGCAGGUACGUUGGGAAAGAAUAGGUCCCGGCAAUAAUGUUUCACAUUCAGUAGUGGUGCGUCCACGAGCUGUUGGUGCAUUUAAUUAUUUACCCGCGCAGAUAACUUAUUAUCCAACUGAAGAUGCGAAAGAAGUGCGCAUCAGCCAUACAACUACUCCAGGCGAAGGAUAUAUUUAUCGACGAAAAGAUUAUGACCGAAAGUUUUCGGCGAAAGUGGGUGUGUGGUUGGUAUUUUUAAUGCUAGUCGCACCAUCAACAGUUAUUCCGUUUGUAUUGUGGUACAAUAGUAAGGCGAAAUAUGAUCAGGAGACUCCGUCGAAAAAAAGCAAAUAG